AUGGAAGACCCAAAUCUGGAGAGAUACAGAGUCAUGGUUCUUGAUGAAGCUCAUCAACGAAGUCUGGCUACUGAUGUUCUGUUUGCUUUACUCAAGAAAGUGAUGAAACAAAGACCAGAUUUAAAGCUGGUAGUUAUGAGUGAUACUAUUGAAGCGGCGGAGUUAAUUCAGAGCUAUUUCGAUGGUUCAGCACUCAUGAAAAUCCCUAGUAGAAUCCAUGUUACUGAGUCUCCUGGUGAUAUACUCGGUAAGAAAUUCUUACCUGAGAAGAAGGGAUUGAGGAUGCAUAAAAUUUUUGAACCUGAAUCAACCCCGGUUAUGGAAGGGGGCCCGGCUGGUAGGAAGAUUUUUGUCGCCACAAACAUUGCAGAAACUUCAUUAACCAUUGAUGGAAUAGUUUAUGUUGUAGAUUCCGGUUUGUCGAAGUACAAUGUAUACAAUCCUCUGAAUCAGGUAAUAUCGAUCCGGUCUGGCUGGAAGGAUCCGCCCUGUGAAGAAAGUUUUGGAGGUUUUGUAUUACUUGGCCUCACAAAGACAGGUGAAAUGAUGAGUGAAUUUCCCUUGGACGCUCAGGCAAAAUGUGAAAUGAUCCCGGAAUUCAACUGCUCCAAUGAGAUUCUUUCAAUAUGUGUUAUGCUUUCGGUACCAAAGGCGGAAAAAGUAGCAGAUGAUCAUGGAGCAAAGGCUUGUUAUGGUCACAUUGAUGGUGAUCAUCUCACCCUGUUGAAUGUGUACCAUGCAUACAAACAGAACAAGGGCGAUCCGCGAUGGUGUUUCGAGAAAUUUAUCAAUCACAGAUCACUUAAGUUAGCAGACAAUGUGAGACAACAGCUUGCUGGAACCUCAAGUUAUGCAGUACAAGGUCAACAGUAUUGA